UCCCAGCAGUCAGCGGCUUAUUGCCCAGUCACACCCUCACAUAUACUGUAUAUAUACUGGUGUACGUGUUCCUCUACUGACCACUCAACCUCCAGGUUCACAUUCUCUGCUUCCACAUCUUCUCAUCUCUCAGGACAACUGUACAUCCUCAGCCAUGGGAGGCGGUGGCAGCACAAACAGCUACAGCUACAACAGCGGCAGCAACCAAUCAUUCUCUAGACCAGUCCGAAGCUCAAACCAAAUUGGAGGCGAUGUGCAGCUGUUCCGGAAUCUGAGCCAUGCAAACCCAUCAGGGAAUAUGUUGGUGUCUCCGCUGAGCAUCACUUCAGCUCUGGCUAUGGUCUACCUGGGAGCCAGAGGAGACACAGCUGAUCAAAUGGAAAAGGCCCUGUCAUUCCAACAUGGUGAAGCCGUCCACGCCAAAUUCAAGAAGCUGAUCGAAGACAUCAACUCACCAUCGAAAUCAUACAUUCUGAAAACAGCCAAUCGUCUCUAUGGGGAGAAAACCGCAAUGUUCCUCACUCAAUACCUGGAAGCCAUGCCUAAGUACGACCAGGCCGACCUGAAGACUGUGGAUUUCAUCGGGGCCGCGGAGGCGAGCAGAAAGGAGAUCAACACCUGGGUCGAGCAGCAGACAGACAAUAAAAUAAAAGAUCUCCUGAAGCCGGGGAUAGUCUCUGAAGGUACGAGGCUGGUUCUGGUCAAUGCCAUCUACUUGAAGGCAAACUGGAUGAACCUCUUUAACAAAGCACAGACCAAAAGGAUGCCCUUUAAAAUCAGCCAGACUGAGAGCAAACCAGUCGAGAUGAUGUACCAGAUGAAGAAGCUGCCCUACAACUACAUCCCUGACCACGCUCUGCAGAUCCUGGAGCUGCCGUUUGUGGAGGAGGAGCUCAGCAUGUUCAUCCUGUUGCCUGAACAGUCCACAGACGGCUCCGACCCUCUGCUGAAGCUGGAGAUGGAGCUGACGCUGGAGAGGCUGAAUGAAUGGACCGACAGGAAAAACAUGGACGUCCAGUCAGACAUCCACGUUCACCUGCCAAAGUUCAAGCUGGAGGAAGAGUACAAGCUGAAGGAGCCUCUGUCCGAGCUGGGCAUGACAGACGUGUUCUGCCCGUCAAAGGCCGACCUGUCUGGCAUGAACAGCGGAAGAGAUCUCUUCCUGUCUGAGGUGGUACACAAGGCCUUCAUGGAGGUGAACGAGGAGGGCACAGAGGCCGCGGCGGCCACAGCCGUGGCCGUUGCUGGUAGCUGUGGGCCGAGUGUGCACAAGGAUCUGCUGUUCACAGCAGACCACCCCUUCCUCUUCUUCAUCAGGCACAAUAACACCAAGUCCAUCCUCUUCCUCGGCAGGUUCUCGUCUCCUCAGUAGACAGAACCAGGAGAGGAAGAUAUUCAAUUAAAGGCUUAAUCCCUUAAAUUUUCUGGGAUUUAUGCUAAUUAGCUUGUUUUUUCUUCUAUUUUUGCACUAAAUUAUAGAGGAUGAUAUUAAUUAAUAAAGAAUAGUUUUGAUCCAACAA